AUGGCUCGACUGGCCACAUAUGUUACCGCGGAGUGUGAUUCUACACUGCUGCGACGGAAGUCGAAGACCACGUCCGCUCAGGGGAUCUCGAGUCACACGGCAGGCAUUGCCUGGAGCUGGUUUGUUGUCACUAUUCCUAUCACGGGGCUGAUGGUCGCCUUGCUGGUGAUGGUGUUCCAUUACAGCCUUAAUCAUGGAGACUAUCCAUUCGAAAGCCUGCGCUUGCCAUCCGUAGAAGAUGAAAGUGAUGUGUUAUAUGUUAGCCUGAACUCCGGUAUUAUCCUCUUUGUUACAUCGUGGGCCAGCUCUCUGGCCCCCUAUUGUCAGGGGAGUUGUGUGGAUCGCUUACCCACCCCAUAUCAAUUGGCAUUGACUUUGAAACUCAUCGAUGGGAGUGCACUUGGUGGAAUAUGGAAUUGGAUUCUCUAUCUCUUUUCGUGGAGGAAGAACCGUCAGCCGCAGACACCUCCUCUCGUUGUGGCCUCCAGUGUUGCCGGGCUUGCAACGAUUCUAGGAUUACUCGUGUCUGUUGCUGAUACCUGGCUCCACCUAACAACAAGCACGGCGCCCUUUAUCGCCGUCUUUAACUGCUCGGCUGCUUUUAAUGGGCUCGCUGGCGGAGCAGUCCUGGAAAGUGCAUUCUUCGAGGGCAAGCUGGACGCGAAAACUACGGACGUGGUCCCGGAUCCGACCGAGUUUGUGCAAGGCCUCCAUGGAACGGAAACUGUCAGCAACACCUCCGUGAGCAAUGUUUGGCAGACGAGCGUGUCGUACAACAACGACUUUUGUGUUCAUAACUUCAGACAAGCCACUCAAACCGCAAUCUUCAGCGCCACUGGCCAGGAUUUCGCCAACAAGGUUGCCAUGGCCUUUAGCAAGAUGACUCUUGCCAUGGGUGCUCGAGGCGUCGACCAGCAGCCAGCAUUAGCCGCACAGGAACAAGAGACAGUGCUCGCAGCCCGCAUUCCUAGGGCUCCGCUGCUCACUUUGGUCGUAUUUAGUCUGCUGUAUGUUCUAUAUGGCUUAAUACUUACCGCGCUUGCAGUGUGGGCGGCCCGGCGUAAAAUCCCGCAUUUGCAGGCUGGGCUUAGCAUCGCCGGCCUAGUUACAGAUCAAUUUAAAGAACCUAGCUCACGAUGCAAGCCCAACUGUGUUAAGGACAUGUUCGAGGAGCACUUAGGGAAGGCAGACAAGCGCGUGGGAAUUGAGUCUAUCGGUGACGAUAGGACUUAUAGGUAUAUUGCCCGGAAGACAACACAGGGCUCUAACCCCGUGACUGAGCUGUGA